UAUAACAGGAGUCAUGCUUCUCAGAAACUCAAAGUAUUCUAUUUCUACUCAGAUGCAGAUCGCAGAGUACAAGUAAUUUAGUGUUUACAACAACCAGGAUUUGAGGUUUGAAUUUGAGCAUAGAAGUGCGCGAGGAGUUGAAGACGCUACAGGAGUUAUAACUUUUCGUGCUCCAAUGGCCACUACGCGCAUUCUUAGAUCCAGUAUCAAUCGUAAUUAUGGACUACGCUUUAAACAUACAUUGCCCCCUUUACCGUAUGAACCUAACGCUUUGGAACCUGUAAUAUCAGGAGAAAUUAUGCAGUUGCAUCAUUCUAAACAUCAUGCCACAUAUGUUAAUAAUCUCAAUAUUGCUGAGGAACAGUAUGCUGAAGCUAUCUCGAAAAGUGAUGUUACAAAAAUGAUCUCUCUUCAGCCAGCACUCCGUUUUAAUGGUGGAGGACAUAUCAAUCACAGCAUCUUUUGGCAUAAUCUCAGUUCUAAUGGUGGGGGUGUCCCUACGGGCAGUUUGGCUAACGCUAUUAAUGAUGAGUUUGGAUCAUUUGAUAACUUCAAGUCAAAGCUGUCUACUGCCACAAUUGCUAUCCAGGGUUCGGGUUGGGGUUGGCUUGGAUAUAAUCCCAACACAAAGCGUUUACAAAUUGCCACAUGCGCUAAUCAAGACCCUCUUGAAGGGACUACGGGUUUAAAGCCUUUACUUGGAAUCGACGUUUGGGAGCAUGCAUAUUAUCUUCAGUACAAAAAUGUACGUCCAGACUAUGUAAAGGCGAUUUGGGAUAUCAUAAAUUGGGGCGAUGUAGCUAAACGAUUCGAUCUCAGUAGGAAAUAAUUUAAUUGUACUAUCGUUUAUCCAACUCAGAACAGUUUCAUCAUCUCUUUUUGUAAGAUUUUCAGCAGUAGUUUCUUUAUAUCCUGCUAUUUCUACAUCACAGUGAUUAUUUCUCAAAAAAUAAAUUAAUCUACAAGUAAAGUGUUUCAGUUGACUUUUCUUUUCAGAAAUAAGUUUCGCUAGUUGCCUACGUCAUACUUGUUUGCCGACCGUUGCUGCUACCUUGACGUGGUGGUCGGGCUUGCCUAUCGUGAUGAUCCAAUCGAGCUAUGCUGGCUGGAACAAUCGUUCCUCGAGGUCCUACCAUGCCAGACAGGUCGGUUGAAGAGCGGUGAGACUAAAAGCAGCAAGCCCAAGGUCCGAAGGCGAAGUCGUACUGCUGACUGUACAGAGGUGUGAAAGCAGUAAGGUGUUUCCUUCAGACAACCAGCAUGACAGCGAUGCUGCCUUCCCACAAGGAGGGGUGGGGUUAGAAAAGGUCGACCCUAAAAAUGCACACCUCGCCUUAUCCCACGGAUAUCCGUCUCCGGCGGUAAGGUUUUUUUUGAAGAACGGAGCUAACACAAAAACUACCCACAAAAAGGUCGUGUGUGACCGACCUCAAGCAGAUGUCACUUGGGCACUGCGGUCACGCUCUCAGGUCAUUAAGACCACUUCUAACCCAAUUUCCUUUUCAGGUACCUCUAGAAGAAUCCUUCCACGGUGUGGGCAACCGGGAAGUGAUAACUGCCCUCAUACCUCUAACAACACUCAAGACCACUGUAUUCAUAAUCAAUCUCCUUCUUCAAUUCCUACUAUUCCUUCUACCUUGACUUUCAACACUAAACUUCCUCUCUCGGUUUCCUCCUCAAGUGUCACCAUGGCCAACGAUUCUAGUGCGCGAAACGCUGUCCCAGGUCUACUAAAACCUCGCUCCAAACUACACAUUAGAGCCUUCAACGUACGUACUUUAAGUCAAAUCGGUCAACAGGCCUCCUUAGCUAAAACCUUAGAGUCGCGUACCAUUGAUGUAUGCUGUGUCUCCGAAACACGCAUACAGGAUCCUAGUGUGGUCAUUCACUUGACCUCACCUCGCCAAAAUGGACAGCCAACGAAAUACACCCUCCGUGUAUCUGGCGACCCGUUGGCUAGUUCUCGUGGACUUGCAGGUGUAGGUAUAGCACUAAGUACAAGGGCAGAACAGGCACUAUUAGAAUAGAUCCCCGUUAACAGUCGCCUGUGUGCUGUCCGGCUAAAUGGAUCCGUAAGAACUCGGAAGGAUAGGGACACACGUCGUUGCCUUUUCGUCGUUUCUGCCUACGCUCCCACUGACUGCAGCCAUGAUGAGGUGAAAGAUGACUUUUACAGAAAGCUCUCUGAGCUUCUUCAGAAAGCUAAGCGCUCAGACAUAGUAGUCGUAGCGGGUGACUUUAAUGCCCAGGUAGGCAGCUUAAAUCAAACAGAAAGACAUCUAGGUGGGUGUUUUAGUAUUCCGGCUCAACGAACCGAUAAUGGUGAUCGUCUGUUGCAACUAUGCUCAGACAAUCGUUUAUUUUUGGCAAGCACUAAUUUUAAACAUAAGGAGAGACAUCGUCUAACAUGGCGACCACCUGCACCAAACCAACGAUGGACUCAAAUAGACCAUAUUGUCAUCAGUCAUCGUUGGAGAGGCUCAAUAGAAGAUUGUCGCUCGUAUUGAAAUACUUGUUUAGACUUUAAUCACGCUUUAAUACGAGCGCGCAUUUGUCUGCGCCUCAAUGGACGCAGGAAAAGUACACUAAGAAGACCCAUUAGGAUUGAACUGGAGGACGAGAAAGCCAAAUGCGAAUUCCAGAAACAACUGAGUUCACAUCUAGGCAGUUCUGUAAACGAGACUGACCAAGAUGCUGCUUGGAAAGACAUACGAACAGCUGUGGAAACAACAGUAACAUCUAUUAGUCAUUUAAACCA